AUGGAACAGCAAUUUGAGAAUGACAAACGAACCACAUCGUCUGGCCCUUCCCUGGGAUUGUCUUCUGCUCGAGAAGUGACUUCCGUGCAGAAUCACGAGAGGUUUGCGAUUGAGGCAACUUCAAAUAGUCUUGAUUUGCAAACGAUUCAUGGAAGAACGCAGCGUUGUCAGGCCCUAUUUGGAGAGCUCCUUCAACAAGUAUUACCUUCAAAAGCACCAACAGAAGUAUAUGAUUGGAUCAAAAUUCGACAAGGAGAAUUCAAUCUUUGGGUCGCUAGUUUACGAGCUGCUGACCAUGGAGAGACCUCUCUUGACCACCUUUUACGCGAUCACCCAGAGCUUCUUCAUAUGGUUUGUAAUUUGCUUGAAGGUCUCACAGAAGCAUUGCAAGCCUAUCAACAGACCGGUACUUCAAAUGCCUGGCUAGAGACUCUCGAGAGCGAUGCUAGUGCUAGCCCGGAGGACGAUCACGACUCUGUGUCCCUAUUUUCUGAAUUUUCCUCAAAUGAAAGCGACUACAUGCUGAGUACGGAGACAGCGAAAUCUAAGAGCGUGGUAUCAGAAAACAAGUUUUACAUUCAACUUAUAAUCAAACAGCUCACAAGAGUCUCAACAGCUAUAAUACGUUCUGUUCACAAACUUCGAUAUAAAAAGGCAGACGAGAGUUUGAUUCUAGACGAGGACGAACUGAAGGAAUUCAAAGCCGAGCUCACUUUGGUCAUUAUUAGGAGUAAUGGAUCCAUCAAGGAUAUGCAGCUGGAUGAGUUAUCUCGAGUACAAAUGGGACUUGAUGAACAUUUCAAUUUAACACGAAUACAGAAGCGACUCAUAGACGCAAACAUCACCAGACGAAAAAGGAUGAUGUAUGCGACGAGAAAUGCAAGGAAUCGGGAAGACCCGGAGGAGCAAACAGCCUCUGAUCCAACACCUUCUACUAUGACUGGUGCCAAGAAGACCUGCGAUAACCAGGAUCAUCCGGAGUGUCCUAACCCUCAGCACGGCAACUUGGCGCGGUGUCCUGAUUGCACAGAACUGCUAGAUGAAUCAUAUUUGAGUCAUAACUCUAUAUGGAGGGGACAUGUUGCACGUGAUAUCCUGCCGUAUUCUUGCAUCUACGAAGACUGUAAAUCGCCAGAUACAUUGUACCAUACGUAUGCCGAGCUAAGGCAGCAUAUAAUGGCUGAGAAUGGCGUUCCGGAAUGGGUAUGCAUUCCCUGUGCUUCAAAAUCCGGAGACAAUGGACAGUUUAUUUUCAAGAAAAGAGACGAUUGGCAAUCACACAUGCAAAUCAGCCAUGAAGAAGGGGGUUACUCCGAGCUUAACGAGAGCUUUGAGACAGAAGGACAACAGAGCUAUGCGUCUAUUGCAGCGACGUUGAUGGCCUCAUGCAAACAACUUAAGCAAGAAAAUCCCAUAGCCGGCGACUUGCUGUCAUUUAUGAGCGUUUUGAAUCGGUUUGAAAUUCCUUGGAUAUUUGUUUCCAAGUUUUAUCACCACCAUUACAACGAUGAGCACGGAAGUUCCGCAAUCCGAGACGGCCUUGACAUCUUGAUCGGUUUUGGCUUCUUAGCGGAGAACAAAACUGUCCCGGAAAGGGAGAGCCGGAUCGAUCAAUCCGUUGAGCCCUGCUUUAAUAUGCCAUGGUUUAUACAGCGGGCUGUAACGUCCUGGCUUCGAGAUCGAGGGCGAAGAGAGGAGUUUGAAUAUCAAGCACUUCGGAUAGUCUCAGAAAGUUUCCCCAGUGGAAAAGAAUUUGAAAACUGGAGGCUGUGUAGGGAAUAUUACUAUCAUGCUAGAGAAGUAAGAUCCUUUAUUUCCGUCUCUUCUCAAUAUGAGGUGGAAAGAGGAACAUUUCUCAAUAACUUUGGGGGAUAUUUGCAAGGAAUCGGCCGCUGGGAUGAAGCGGAAAAGGCAUACCAGGAUGCGGCAAUUAUUCGAAGGCGUAUACUAGGCGAGGAACAUCCAGACACACUCACCACUUUGGCUGAUUUAGCUUCUGUGUACUUGGACCAGGGAAAAUUACAAGAAGCUGACGAAUUGGCGUAUGCUGUCAAUAAGUCUAGGGCGAAGGUGCUCGGAGAGACUCAUGCUGAUACGUUAAUGAGCCGAGACAAUCGCGCUCGCAUUUUACGGAUGCAAGGGCGGAUACCGGAAGCUGUUUUGCUCGAAAGGAAGACUUUAGUAGAAUGCAGGGGACAUCUUGGUUUUGAACAUCCUCAAACUCUGACUGUCCGCGCCAAUUUAGCAUCCGCACUCCGGAUCCAAGGCCGAUACUCGGAUGCAGAGCGUCUUGGAACUGAAGUUUUAGCGCAAAAGAGGCGCAUUUUGGGCGAACAACACCCCAAUACACUGAGUAGUAUUAGUAGCCUGGCAUCAGUUCUCUUAUGCCGGGGACGGCUCGAAGACGCUGAAACUCUAGGAACCGAGGUGUUAAGGCUUAGGAGGUCAGUCCUUGGCAAAGAGCAUCCUGCUACGCUUGUCAGCAUGAACAAUCUUGCCUCAAUCUAUUGGCAUCGGAAACGAUAUGCAGAGGCCGAGAGGGUCGGCAAAGAGGCUCUGCAGCUACAAAGCAAAAGAAUCGGGGAGAGUCACCCAGAUACAUUAACUACCGCAGCCAUCAUGGCAUCAAUCUACUCAGGCCAGCGUCGAUUUAGAGAGGCAGCGCAACUGGGGUCUACGAUCUUGGAGUCAAGAGAGAAAGUUCUCGGGAGGGAACAUCCGGAUACCUGGACGAGUAUGAACAAUCUAGCUUCGACUCAAAUGCACCUCAGGGAGUUUGAGCGGGCCCGGGAACUCAGUCUCAGGGUCUUUGAGCUGAGAAGAAAAGUUCUUGGGAAACAUCACCCGAGUACACUCUCCAGUAUGAACACUCUUGCACACGCGCAGUAUAAGUUAGGCCAGAAAGCCAUCGCCAUAAAACUUAUGCAAGAUUGCGUUGGAUAUCGGCGAGUUGUGCUUGGAGAAGAAGAUCCACGUACACUCAUGUCAAUGCAUAAUCUAGAAUAUUGGCAAGACGAUUGA